AUGGAGCAUGCCCAUCAACAAGUGACGGCGACGAUCAUGACGCUGAGUGGUCUGAAGAAGACGGGAACCAGCGAACGAGUGGACAUCAGACACGGACCAGGCAAGCCCAGCCAGUCCCCUAACACUACCCAAACCCCAUCCAAGCCUAACCCCAUCGCAUCGUAUCUUGCUUGCUUCCUGCAAGCUUCCAUCUGGACUUGGGGGCCGUUCCAGCGUCUUCUGUAG